CAGAUGGGGAGUGAAGAGGUAGGAAUUAAAGGCGUUUUGCUUAUGCUAUAAGAAAAGGGGCUGCUGCUUGCAAGACAAAGACUCCCAAUCCUUUAGAAAGUGUAAGGGUGGUUUGAAAUGUUACAACUGAGGCAAUCUAAAGAGCAACUGCUGCUGAAAAGCAUGUUCCUGCUCUCUUUUAUGCUUCACCAAUGCCAAAUUUGGCAUUUGCAUGACCCCUGAAUGAAUCAGUCUAAGGAAUUAAACUCGCCAGAAAUUAUCAGGAAAAAGAAAGAAGACUGUCUGCUGGCUUAGCUGCCCAACAUAAUACAUAGUGGGGCUAGGCAAACCUUGGAAGUGCUGCAUGGUGGGCGAUGAGACUGUGGGGAGGGGACCACGCUUCCCAUUGGAUUGACUUGGAUGUAGCCUGACACUGCAGCUGAAGACCUCAGAUGAUAGAUGCAGCUGUGUCGAACAGGUUUUUAUGAAGUGCCAAACAAGAACAGUCUCCUUGAAUUCAAAUCCCAGAGUCCGCUGCAGCAAGAAAGAACUGCCAGCAAAAACUCCUCAGCAAGUCUUAUUGCUUCAGGCUAAAGAGGCGAUCAAAGUAGAGGGCGGGAUGUCGGAGCUGAGUGAUGAAGCCAGUGAGUCGGAGCUGCUGAGCCGCAGUCUUUCCAUGUGGCACGGGGUCGGUCAGAUGAUCUGUCGGGAAGAGCUGGACGUUCCCCUGGACUUGCAUACGGCCUCCUCUGUCGGGCAGUAUGAGGUGGUGCAGGAGUGUAUUCAGCGUGGAGAUCUGGAUUUAAAUAAGAGGAAUUGUGGUGGCUGGACUCCGCUGAUGUAUGCCUCCUACAUUGGCCACGACACCAUUGUGCACCUGCUGCUGGAAGCAGGAGUGAACGUGAACAUCCCCACACCAGAAGGGCAGACGCCGCUCAUGCUGGCCUCCAGCUGUGGAAAUGAAAGUGUUGCUUACUUUCUUCUACAGCAAGGCGCAGAGCUGGAGAUGAAGGACAUUCAUGGUUGGACCGCCUUAUUUCACUGCACCAGCGCCGGACAUCAGCAGAUGGUCAAGUUCUUACUGGACAAUGGUGCAAAUGCCAACUGCAAGGAGCCUGUGUAUGGAUAUACGCCUCUGAUGGAAGCAGCCGCUUCUGGCCAUGAGAUAAUUGUUCAGUACCUUCUCAAUCAUGGAGUGAAGGUAGAUGUCAGAGAUAACACUGGAGCCACAGCACGGACACUGGCCAUGAAGUAUGGACAUACAAAGAUUGUGGGGCUGAUAGAUUUGCAUGCAGCCCCAGUUCCCAAGGUCUUCUGCAGGGGUCCAGGGAAAUAUGAAGAGCUGAGUUCCUCAGAUGAAUCAUGUUCUGCUCCCCAGAGACAGAGACCUGUUCGUAGGACCAAGGGUCCCAGCAUCCAUGAUGGGCCCCAGGCGUUGGCUAAGAUAACAGCAGUUGGAAUCGGGGGAAAGAAGCAGUCUCACUAUGAGCAGGUUCCUCCUCAGGGCUAUGUUACCUUCAAUGAUGAUGGCAGCUGUGAAGCAGACAAUAUCCGGAACAGGGAUGUUACCUCUCCAAUUAACGAGCAGGAUGUGGAGAGCAGCAGCAGCAGGGAGGAUAACGUUUUCUUCACCAACAACUUGGCAACCGUCAGGAGCAGCAGCAGCAGCAGUGAAUGCCUGACCAAAGCCCUGGGGGUCAGCAGUGAAGGUUCCUUGGAAAGCAAUGAGGAUUCUGACCAUGCAAACAGUCCCCCUAGUCGGAAACAAGCCAAGAGCUUUAAGAUCAAGAAUCGCUACAGCAACAGUGAUAGCCAGUGGACCCACUGCCCAGGGAAAGCUGGGGGAUCUAGCCAGCACCUAAUCCUUCCUGAGCCCCCUGCCUACACAGGGCCCCAGGACCUGGCAACAUUCCUUGAGCAGAUUGGAUGCCUGAAGUAUCUCCAAGUGUUUGAGGAGCAAGAUGUCGACCUCCGGAUCUUCCUGACCCUCACAGAGAGUGACCUGAAGGAAAUAGGCAUCACUCUCUUUGGACCCAAGAGGAAGAUGACUUCUGCCAUUGCCCGAUGGCACAGCAACGCUCGGCCGCCCAGUGAUGCCCUGGAGCUGGCCUAUGCUGAUCGGCUGGAGGCUGAGAUGCAGGAGUUGGCCAUUCAGCUACACAAGAGGUGUGAAGAGGUGGAGGUGAUGAAGGGCCAGGUGUGCCAGGAGCAGAAGCUGCGUGCAGUGGCUGAGAGCUGUUUGAUGGAGCGGGAUGAGACCUGGAAUGCUAUCCAGUGCCAGCUCAGAGAGGCGCAGGCCAUCACCAAGGAUGCUGGAGUCCUACUGGAUCAGAUCAAAUCCUGUCAAGCAGAGCUGUCCUCCCGGCUAACCCAAGAGCAGGCAGUCGGCAGAGUGCUGGACACAAAGGUGCAGCUGGGAACCGGUGAGAGCAGGCAGCCUGGUGAGCGUCCGGUGCUGGAAGGAUGGCCACCUUCUUUGAAGUCUCUGAGCUUGCCUGAGCUGUCAGCUGUCCUAGAGGAGUGUGUGGGAGAAAUGGGAAAAGCUCUGCAGACUGUGACUCAAAACCUCCAAAGGCUCCAAGCCCCAGGGCAGAGCGGGCAGAGCUGGCUAGAGCCGUAACAAAGCAGGAGGGAAUACUGACGUCGGGUGACUGUUCCACCCGGAAGCUGAGUGUGCCUGGGAGAAUGAGCGCAAGGGCCGUGCUGGCAGCGCUGCAGCUCUGCUGAGUGUCACGGCAGCUGGUGGAUGCACGGAAGAAGGUCUGAGCCAUCAGAGAAUGUGCCUGGGAGAACAAGGGACAGCAGAAGACAACAACCCAGUGGCUCUUUGGCCCUGACUGUUGACUGGGUUCCCAGGAUCAUUGUUGUUCAUACCAAAAGGUUAGGUUAAGAGAAGCACCAAGCCCAAAAGAUUUAUCUGCCUUAAGCUUCCUGCAGCCCUUGUCAUUCAGGGCUGUGUGGUUGUUAGAAAGCUGCCAGUUACCCACAGCAAUCAAUUAUCCUUUUCCAUGUCCUGUCCUCCCCAAGGCCUCUGAGGCUUGCCCUGGCCCAUCUAUGCCGUGUGGAUUCGUAGUUGCUCAGGAGCUGAUCCAGAAAAUGUAUCUGAGGCAAUAAGGCAGGCAGGUUUGUUGUGGGUGGGUACAGUGAGCGGAGUUUGUAAUGUUUGGCUCAUUGAGCUGCAGCGAAGCUCAUACAGCCCUAGUCUGUAGCUGGAAUGUCUGCCCUUCUGCUGUCCCAGAUCUGUGGGACCUUCAGAACCUCUCCUCCAACCAGCCCACCCUGGUUCAGGUCAGAUUCUUACUCCUGUCAGGAGUUGUUUGUGAUCGUAUUAUUCAGUCACAAAGAAUUUGUUUUUUGUGGUAAAUGCUUUAUGGCAGAGACUCUGUCUGGUUUGUCAGUGCCAAGAUCCCAACGCUGACAGUGGUUGCAAGGCAGAUGUUCCCCUGGAAGGACAUGAGAGAGAAGGAAGAGCUUGAGACUGAGUCUCCCUGCCUCCGGCAGGCAGCGGAGUGCCAAGGCAGGCAGAACAAGAACUGAGGGAUGGAUCUGUCCCACGUGGGAGAUGGGCAAAAGCAAUCGCAUCCCAGAUGUAGCUGUGGUGCAAAGCUUUGGUUUCCAGGCUUUAGUGUUUGGAAAUAGUUCUGCCAAGGCAUUCUUGUGUUGGUGGGCACUUUCAAAGGGCAGACAAGUGGUGCAGGAAGAGGCUGCCUCCCUGGUGAGACUGCUCCCAUCUCUUGGAGCUGGGCAAGCAGCCCUAAGGGCUCUGGUGACAGUUACAUUGAUGUAACAUGGUUUCCAGUGACUGUUUCUGUGUGUUGCUGAGUCCUGGAGGUGGGGGAAAACCAAAACCUGAAGUCCGUGAGUGGCCUUGACAAGUCUGGAAGAGUGUUCACAGAAGAAAAAAAACCCACCCCAAAACAACCCAAAAACCCAAGUGAAAGGGCCUGGGAGCAUCUGGAGAGCAAGGGAAGCCCUGGCUCAGCAACGCCUUCAGAGCUGGGUGGGCUGUGCAGGAGAGUGGGUGGCUGCAAGGAGAUACUACUCAGACUUGGGUCUGGCUUUGCUGGAUCAUAAGAGUGGAAGAAAGAUUUUUUUGGGGGGUAAGAUGGUAAAUCCAAUAGAUUCUAAUGCUUGGCAGCCUGGGAAAAGGGGUUGGUGAGAGAGGCAGCAGUGUAUGUAUGAAGAAAAAAGAGAGCCCCACAGAAAAGGUGCUGCAGGAGCCCAGAUGUAAAGUCUUAAAGGGGUGCUAGAGUAGCCCAAAAAGACAUUGGGAAGAGGAUUUUAUCGAAUAGCAUUUCCUUGAGGAGGCAAUCGCUUAAAUGGAGGACUUUAAACAGCAGGCACUGCUGAAAGGGUGGCUGUGUGGGCAGCAGGGAGUCUGGUGCUACCCUAAGGCAAGCUGUCCGGAUAAAAUAGUAUUUACUGACUUGGAUAAAACAAUAAAAACUGAAAACCUG